AUGGCUAAAGGGAAGAAGGAGAGGGAGUCUGCGUCGGAAAACCAGACGUCGCAGCAAGACGACGCAGUAUCCAUUACCGAUGACGUUCGAGGAGCCGAAUAUUACCACGGAUUGAUACCUCGGAUGGAUGCAGAACCUUUACUCAAGAAAGAAGGGGAUUUUCUACUCCGAAAGACAGAACACUCGCCCGGCAUGAUUGUGCUAGCGCUUUCCUGUAAGACAGAAAAUGGCGUUAAACAUUUUAUGAUUAAUCAAGAUCCUAAUGGUACGUUCUACCUCGAACACCACCACGAGAAAAGUAUUGCUGAUUUGAUCGCAUGGCACUUAGCAACGAAAACACCACUGUCAGCAGCUUCCAACGCUCGCUUGCGACGUCCUGUAGAGAGGACACAAUGGCUUCUUAAUCAUGACUCGAUAGUACUAGUUAAGAAACUUGGAGAAGGGGCUUUCGGUGAAGUGUACCUUGCAGAAUACGGGAGCGGAAAAAGUAAGCAAGAAGUUGCAGUAAAGACGAUGAGAAACGAGGCUACGAGGGAUGCACGUUUAAAAUUUAUGAAAGAAGCAAGGCUAAUGAGAAAAUACAACCACAAGCACGUAGUAAAAAUUCUCGGAGUAGCCGUUCACGAACAUCCACUUAUGCUAGUCAUGGAAGUUUGCCCGAACGGCUCCUUGGUGUCAUAUUUACGGAAAAACAAAGGAAGUGUAGCGUUGUCAGAAAAGCUGCGGUUCGCUACAGAGGCUGCCGACGGACUCGCUUACUUAGAAAAAAAGUUAUGCAUUCACAGAGAUAUAGCGGCGAGAAACUGCCUACUCAGCGCGAAAUAUGAAAUCAAGAUUUCUGAUUUUGGAAUGUCAGAUGACAAAGUUAUAGUGCAUGAUGACACACUAGAAAAGGUUCCCGUAAAAUGGUUAGCUCCAGAAACACUUCAAGAUAAAAUUUACUCACUUAAAACAGAUGUAUGGUCGUAUGGGGUUUUGGUUUGGGAAAUCUAUGCAGAUGGCGCAGAACCAUAUCCUGGUUUAACAAGGCUUCAAACAAGAGCGAAAAUUGUAGUUCAAAAUUAUAGAAUGGAAAUGCCAAAGGAUACGCCGAAAAACGUUGCAGAUGUAGUGUACUCGUGCUGGGAAAGAGAACCGGCGCGACGGCCGGAAAUGUCCAAAAUCUUUAAAACGUUAAAGGAUAUCUACGACCGUUCAAAGUAA